AUAGCUGCAGGUGAGAAUCACCUUGUUAUGUUGGAGGAAGACGGAAAGGUGCUAACAUUUGGUGACGGAAAGAUGGGACAGCUUGGAAGGAGCAAAAGAACUGGCUCAAUAAGGCCACAGUACAUGGUCGAUGAAGAUGGCAAAUCAUUGAUAUUGAUUCUACAAGACAAGAAAAGGAAAGAUGUUGUUGUGAAGGAUAUUCAUGCUGGUGGUUAUUGGACAAUCCUUGUGUCCGAUGAUCUAGUAUACUCUUUUGGUUUGAACAACUUUGAACAUCUCGGAGUUCCUGUUGAAGGCGAAGCACCUGCUGAUGCAACCUCUGAAGACAAACGUGAACUUCGGAUACUUACUCCAGUAGUUGCAACAGCCUACUUGGGUCAUCAUUGGACGCACAUCGAUGGCGUACAGCAUAUAAUUGCUCGUGAUAGCGAAGGAGAGGUUUACGGCAUUGGAAAGAAUACAGAUAAUGCACUAGGCCUUGGAACGUGGACGGGUAAUGACGAUGUUGAGCAUUGGAAGUAA